AUGAUUAAGGUUGCUUUGUAGAUGAUCUUAUAGAAUUCCCAAUAGUACAUUGUAUCUCUAAAUCCUGCAAAUAUGUAUGAAUAUUACACUUUAAUAAAAAAAGACUUCUUUCCCUUUCUUACAAGAUACACUUUAACAAACAAAAUAGCAGGUAUGAUAAUUCCAUAGAUGAUCAAUAGAGGCUGCAAUAAAGACCAAAGCAAUUAAUAGAACCACAAAGGUUGUAAACUAGGGCUCUUUGCAUAUAAGCAGUCUAUAGAUUUACUGAUAGCUCCUAAUGGAUUACCUGAUAUUUAUACAGGUACUGAAAUAGCCAUAAAAUUGCUAAAUAAGCUACAAAUCAAAGAAAGAAUUUGCAAAUGA